CACUCAUACCUAUGGACAAUUUAGAGUGCCUUCACAGAAUUGUUGAUGGCUAUUUUAAAAUUUACUGUUGCACCUCCGUUCAGCCUCUUUGUUUGAUUACAAAAUUGUAAUUGUGAUUACAAAAUACUGUCAAAAUUAUCGCGUUAACGCGUGUUAAUUAAUUUUUUUAAUUAAUCACGUUAAAAUAUUUGACGCAAUUAACGCACAUGUCCCGCUCAGACAGUAUUCUUCUGCCUUUUGGUAAGUUUUACAGCAAGGCUUUUUGUGCUGCAGCACAACAGCGAACUCUUGUGGUCGCUUUGCGACAUGGUUUAUUUUUUUCUUGCCAGUUCAUAUGGCUGCACGACGUCUCGAGCUGAAGCCUACGUUGUAAUAUUGUGCUUAUAUGAUCCUUGGACAAGAUUUGUCCAAUCAGGCAGCAUUACUUCAUUCACUGAGGAGGCGCGUGUGCUGAAUUAGUGCACUUUAUCUUGAACGCAUCACAGACUCUGACGUUGCCGCUGAUCGUUACCACCAUGCAGAUGAACGGCAGCGAUGUACUCCAAGACAUUUACGAAGUGGCUGUAAAUGACAAAUCCAGCAACCACAGCUCGCAGUUUGCUGACGUAGCCAUGCUGCAGACGUUCAAACCCCUCAUCAUCCCGUGCUACGCUCUAGUCGUGGCGGUGGGCGUUUUUGGCAACUACCUGCUCCUGUACGUCAUCUGCCGGACGCGCAAGAUGCACAAUGUCACCAACUUUUUCAUCGGCAACCUGGCCUUUUCGGACUUGCUCAUGUGCAUGACGUGCGUGCCCUUCACCCUUGCCUAUGCCUUCAACCCUCACGGUUGGGUCUUUGGCCGCUUCAUGUGCUACCUGGUGUACCUUAUCCAGCCGGUCACCGUCUAUGUAUCGGUCUUCACGCUCACUGCCAUCGCUGUGGACAGAUAUUAUGCGACAGUGCAUCCGUUGAAGAAGCGCACCUCCGUGACCACCUGUGUAUGGGUCCUCGCUGGAAUCUGGCUGCUAUCCUGCGGCCUAGUCACCCCAGCGGUUAGCCACACGUAUCACGUGGAAUUCAAGGAGGAAGGCUUCACCAUUUGUGAGGAAUUUUGGCUAGGUCAGGAGAAGGAGCGACGAGUCUACGCAUACAGCACCCUGCUGAUCACCUACGUCUUGCCCCUCUCCGCUGUUUUCGUCUCCUACUUUUGCAUCACGGUCAAGCUUAAGAAAUGCGUGGCGCCCGGCCACAGGACCCAGGAGAAAGCCAACGCCCAGCAAGCCCGCAAGAGGAAGAUUUUCCGCCUGAUCGCCCUUCUGGUGUCGGCCUUUGCCGUGUGCUGGCUCCCGAUUCAUGUUUUUAACAUGCUGCGAGAUAUCGAUAUUAACCUCAUUAACAAGCGCUUUUUUUUACUCAUUCAGCUGCUCUGCCACCUGUGCGCCAUGAGCUCAUCCUGCUGCAACCCAUUCCUCUAUGCAUGGCUGCACGACAGAUUCCGAUCAGAGCUGAGGAAAAUGAUCAAGUGCCGCCGCCGUGUCGGAGUUCCGGUCAACCGCUGUCCCGCCGGCGUGGCCUUGUAAUUCUCUUUUGGGGAUGGGUUGCAUAGGAUGCUACUCAUUUUACUCUAUAGUUAUCCAUCCAUUCGCUACAGCGCUUAUCCUGUUCAGGGAAGCCUAUCCUAGGUAACUGCAGGGACUACAACAGGGACUAGCUGCAACUCAAUCACAAAGCACAUAUGAAGAC